GUCACCAUGGCGACCACGGCGCUACCAUGGCAGAUGUGGUUCUGCCCGGUGCUGCGUACACUGAGAAGGAGGCCACUUAUGUUAACACAGAGGGAAGAGCACAGCGCACCUUGAAUGCUGUCUCCCUACCAGGGCUGGCAAGAACAGAUUGGAAGAUCCUCAGGGCUUUGUCCCAGGUAUGUGAUAAAACUCUUCCAUACGAGACCCUGGAGGGUGUAAGAAGUCGCCUGGAGCAGGUGUCCCCAACCUUUGGAAUGUACGGCCAAGUGGAGGACGCCAACUACUUCACACAGGCACUGCAGUUAACUCAGAGCAUCAAGGGUUCAGAAGCAGGCAGUAUAAUAGACGUCCCCCAGAAGGCACUGAAAGACUUUUUUAUGACGGACUCGAUAAGCCGUGCCUCACGCACCAUGGCCAAGUGUGUCAAGGCUGCUACGGACGACGAAUCCAGCAAAUAUGGCGGGAAAUAUUAGACUGUCGAGAGACAGGAAGAAUAUUUAUACAUAAAAACCUUGUACCAAAAAUUGACGGAAAUAAAAAAAGGAGUAAUGCUCUUAUUUUCAAGAAAUUUGUCGCAGAGAUUUUGGUUAAAAAUGUUGGUAUUAUUGACUUAAAACUGAAAGCAAGAGGAAAGGUUUGAAAAUGUUGUUCUAAAAGUUUGAGUUAUAGUAGGAAACGAAUCACGAAAGUAAAGAAAGAUAUCUUAACAAAUGUGUCUUCGUCGAACUUUGGACAAGAAGCAUACUAAUGAGUCUUUUUCAAAAUUUGGACAAGAAGCUUUGUGAAGGAUUAAAAUACACAGAGCUGGAUGUAAAAAAGCUCAUCUCUUACAGCAAAUGAUAGACAUCCAAAACAACAGUUUUGAUGCAUUUGUACAGGCAAUGACUCAGAUUUUGUUAUACGUGGUUUGCAGUCCAUUUCCAAUUUCUCUAUGGCGUUAUAAUGAGAUAUAACAAGGCAAUAUUAUAUUACUUUCACCAGAUUCCUUUGCGAUUUUGCAUGCUUCUGAGACACCUUUGCAUUUUGUUGUACAGAUAUUACAAAAGUAAAAAUGUAGAAAAAAAGUGUCGUCUUUGUUUGCAUACUGGUACUUAUUAAAUAAUAAAAUGUAAAAAAAGAAGAUAGUUUUGAAAUACUUUCCUGGAGCUUCAGAUUGUUGUGUGUAUAAUUAUGUUUGCAUAAAAUCAUCAGCAAUAGAUUUAAUCGUUAAAAGUAGAGCCAUGCUGCUGUAUAGAC